AUGUCCCAACGAGAGUACCACAUCGUCGUCCUCGGGUCGGCGCAGUUUGUCCAGAAUGUCUGGAUCGAAUCCUACGACCCCACCAUCGAGGACUCGUACCGAAAGGCCAUCGACGUCGAUGGACGGUCGGUAGUACUCGAGAUCCUGGACACUGCAGGGACAGAGCAGUUUACUGCCAUGAGAGAACUGUACAUGAAAACGGGCCAAGGCUUCCUCCUCGUCUUCAGCAUCACGUCGAUGACGUCCCUCCACGAGCUCGCCGAGCUGCGCGACCAGAUCAUCCGAAUAAAAGACGACGAGCGCGUCCCCAUCGUGCUCGUGGGCAACAAGUCGGACCUCGAGGAAGACCGGGCCGUGACGCGCGCCCGCGCCUUCGCCGUCAGCCAGGCGUGGGGCAACUGCCCCUACUACGAGACCAGCGCCCGCCGCCGCGCAAACGUCGACGAAGUCUUUGUGGAUCUCUGCAGGCAGAUCAUCCGCAGGGACAUGGAGCGCUCCCGCUCCCACACCGACUACGGCCGCCCCAGCGCCAGCACCCGCCGUCACCACCCCUCCAGCCGCCACAGCACCGGCGGCGGUCCCCCGCCCGGCCCCGGCAGCGGCGGCAGCGUCAAGGGCUCGCGGCGGAACCGCCGCGAACACCGCUGUGUGAUAUUAUAA